CUGCUGUGUCCUCCGGACACAGUGGAACACCAAUCGUCAUACGGGACCUCUGUGCAAGGUCCCGAUCAUGUGAUCACUGAUUGGCCAAUCAGUGAUCACAUGCAGAGUAGUAAGCAAGAUGUCACUUCUGACAUCAUUGCUUACUACGUGUGAAAUCUGUAAAUGAUCACAGAGGUCACAUGCCAUUGAGAACUACUGAGUGAGCUGUGAUUGGUCACAGAUUGUCACAUGGUACAAGGCUGUUGUGAAUAGCCUUGUACCAUGUGACCUCUGUGAUCAUUCACAGAU